AUGACAUCCUCCGAGAAAAUCCCACUGAUUUCCCCAAGAGAUGUUGUCGAGAAGAGAAGUGUUAAUAUCAAUACAGUGAACAUAUUUGAUAAGAUCACUCGGUUCAAAUCGAACGUUGUUAAAACGUCGAAGUACAAUGCGAUAUCCUUUUUCCCAUUGGUACUUAUAGAACAAUUCAGAAAGCUUGCAAACGUCUAUUUUCUCAUCAUUUCGAUAUUUCAGGCGAUACCCGGGCUGUCGCCAACCGGAAGAUUUACUACAUUGUUUCCACUGUGUAUAGUACUCACCAUUUCCAUGUUGAAAGAACUCUACGAGGAUAUUAAACGACAUAGAGAUGACAAGAAAAUCAAUUAUAAGACAACAAAAUGCUGGAAGAAUUUUGAGUGGGUUGAUGUGAAGUGGAAAGACAUAUUUCUUGGCGACAUCAUUAUGGUACGAAGGAAAGAGCAAUUUCCUGCUGACGCACUGCUUUUAAAUUCGUCUGAAAGUAAUGGAACAGCCUUUAUUGAAACUUCACAAUUAGAUGGCGAAACUGCUCUCAAGAUCAAAGAAAGUUUACCAUCGACACGGUGCUACACAGACGAGAUGUCGACAUUAGAAAUCCGACGAGUUGAAUUUGAAGACCCGAAUCCCGACUUAUUUUCAUUUAAAGGACAAAUAGAGUGUGACCACAAACAUGAAGCCGUUGGACUGUCACAAUUGUUGUUGCGAGGGAGUCAAUUAGAGAAUACAGAUUGGGUCACAGCCGUAGUUAUAUACAUAGGGAAAGAAACCAAACAACUUCAAAGUGCAAAAGGUGUGAAGAUCAAACGGAGUUCCAUUGAGCGCAAUACAAAUUACUUUGUGAUUGGGAUGUUUGCGCUUGAAUUGACAUUUGCGAUGAUCUCGACGAUUCUAUGUCAGACUUGGAGCCGAAAAAACAACGACGUUUGGUACUUAGAAAACUCCGACAAGGUCAUUCCGAGUUUCAUCACCAAUUUCAUCACAUUUGUGAUCUUAUAUAACAACUUGGUUCCCAUCUCACUCUACGUCUCGAUGGAAAUUGUUCGAAUCUUUCAGGCGUAUUUUAUUAACAUUGAUGGGGACAUGUGCUUCAAAGGAAAAUUUGCGGAAGCGCGAACGUCGAAUUUGAAUGAGCAACUUGGCAUCGUCGACUACAUCUUUGCGGAUAAGACGGGGACGUUAACACAAAAUUUGAUGGUUUUUAAAACGUGUUUUAUAUGUGGGAAGAACUACGGCGACUUUGAAGAGGAGCGGCGCGUGGAAGGGGCACAUGGGAAGGAGAAAGUCGAGACGAAGAAGGCGAAACACCAAAAGAGGAAGUCGAAAAUUGAUGAAGAGAUAGAGUUGUCUGGGUUCGAAGUAUUAGAUCUUUCGGACGACCGGACGUAUGUCGAUUUUUCACCGGAAGAAAUUGUGAGUGACUCCAAGACGUCAGGGACAGUGUGCGAGUUUUUGAGGUGUUUGGCGAUAUGUAACUCGGUCUCAGUCACAAAGAAGAAUGAUGUUUUACAGUACCAAGCAGUUUCAAAUGAUGAGGCCGCACUUGUCCAUGCGGCAGCUGCUUGUGGGUUUGAGUUGUUUGAGAGAACUACUGAGGGUGUUGUACUUAAUAUAGUGGAGAACCAAAAUGAGGCAUCAUCACCAAGUUCGGAAAAUUCCCCGACAUCGUCGGACGGGUCACCACAUGGUGAAAUGAAAAAUAAGGAGAAAGGACAGAUCAUAAAUCCACUUCCAAUAUUAACAACACACAAAGAGGAGUUCGAACUUAUUGCAGUCAUCCCAUUUGAUUCGGAUAGAAAGAGGAUGAGUGUCAUUGUCAGAAGAAAUCAACGCGUUUUCAUCUACAUGAAAGGAGCAGACAACGUCAUGUUACCACUCAGUGACGAUUCUAAAAAUAGCGAAGGGAAUAAAAAGGAUCAAAUCCAAAAUGAAAUCGACAAGUUGGGACUGGAAGGGUAUCGCACGUUAAUUAUAGCGCGACGGGAUAUCACAGAUAUUUUUAAACAAUUUGAAGAUAUAUGGGAAGAAGGCGUCAAAGACAUUAAUAAGCGAGAAGAGUGUAUAAAAAGAGCAUCUGAGUUGGUGGAGUGCGACGUCGAGAUUUUGGGAGUGACUGGCAUCGAAGACAAGUUACAAGAAGGUGUCAAAGAAGCAAUUGAAAAGCUCAAGCAAGCUCACAUUCAGAUAUGGAUGUUAACUGGAGACAAAAAAGAGACUGCAUAUAAUAUUGCGAAGGGAUGUGGUCUUUUUGUAGGUGAAGCCGUUGCUUUGAAAGCGGAGAAACUUUUAAAUCUUCAAGAAGAAAUAGUGGAGGGUAUAAAAAUGGGACAAAAGAAUUAUAUAAUCGAAGGGAAAAUAGUCGAGACGUUUGUUAUGAUUGACCGGAGCCUUUUAAAACAACUUUUAAAGAAUGCGGCCGCUAUAGUGUGUUGUCGGUGUGCCCCAUCCCAAAAGGCGAAGAUAGUUGAGUUGGUCCGACAAAUAGGAGGAACGACAUUGGCGAUAGGAGAUGGUGCGAAUGAUUGUGCGAUGAUACGAGAGGCGCAUGUUGGAGUUGGGAUAAGUGGAGAGGAAGGGCUACAUGCUGUUCGAUCUUCUGAUUAUGCUAUAGCGCAGUUCCGAUUUUUAGUGAAAUUAUUGUUAGUGCAUGGGAGGUAUAAUUAUCGACGACUUUCAUAUGUCAUCAUCUAUUCGUUUUAUAAGAAUAUAGUGAUGUACCUCACUCAAUUCUGGUUCUUGUCAUUCAAUGGGUAUUCUGGGACUUCACUCUUUGAGAACUGGACGUUGUCGAUAUACAACGUCUUCUUCACGUUCUUCCCGAUUGUUGUGUUUGGUGUGUUUGAUAGAGAUGUCAUGCCCGAAACGCUGAUUACACAGCCAAAUUUGUAUGAAGGAAUUAAAAGGUGUUUUUCUAUGAGACGAUUGAUAUAUUGGGUGAUUGAGGCGUUAGUAGUCUCUGCGCUUGUCUUCUUUGUACCAUUUAGUGCGUGUGUUACAGAAGACAAUAUGGUAUAUGGGAAAGGGUUUUCGUUGUAUGGAUUUGGGUAUGUCGUCUACACCACUGUAAUGUUAACUAUCUCACUCAAGAUGGUUGUAAUCACUAAGGAAUUUACUGUAUUCAGUCAUAUAGCGUAUUUUGGGAGUCUUAUAUUCUACUUUUUGUGGGGAAUGGGAUAUGGAAUAGUUGCGGCGAUACCAAAAAUCACAUUAGGAUGGAAUAUGUUUGGGGUUGUAUAUGAGGUAUUCUUCUCGUCGACGUUUUAUUUGUCAAUAUGUGUUGUUCCUAUACUUUGUGUUGCAAAGGACUUUGUCACAGAAUUCGUGGAAGAUGUGCUGAUUGAUAACAAAACAAAGGAAAGUCAAAUCAAUGAUGUGCAGAAAAGACACGACAAGACAAGGUAUAAUGAGGUGAAAGAGAUCGAAAAGGAACUCUUCUUGCCAGCUACAUCAAAAUCUUUUAAGACAAGAACGGCGAAAUGA